CCUCCAUCGUCUCCAUUCCUUGUUACCAGAGAUCGUAGAGAAGAAGGAGAAGAAAGUUGGAGAAAUCGCGAGCUUGGAGCGAAUGGAUGGUGUCCUUACAGCUUCCUUGAUGCAUUCAUCGUUCGCUACACGAUGCCGCGGUAGCCUCCGACUUCGGCUUGCGCUCCUGCUCUUCUCCAAGACUCUCACACUUUACCGCUUCUUUGUAUUCUAGAUUUUUGGGGAAAGGUGUUGUUUUUUUUUUUGGGGGGGUUUGUUAGGGUUAGGGUUUUGGUUCUGGUUGAAGAUUGGGAUGGGAGUUGGGGUUUCGAGUAUGAUGGGGAUGGGGGUGGAAACUGGACGGAAGAGUACGGGUUUUGGGGAUUUGCCGGAAGGGUGUGUGGCUGAGGUGCUGGCGUUGUUGGAUGUGCCGGAGAUUUGUAGGUUGGGGAAACUUAGUAGGGUUUUUCGAGCAGCGGCGGCGGCAGAUCUUGUGUGGGAGAAGAAGCUGCCGGGGAACUAUGAGUAUCUUAUAGAGAGAGUGUUGGGAGAGAGGGAUUUUCGUGGGGGUUUGAGCAAGAGAGAGAUCUAUGCGAGGCUCUCUCGACCUAAUCGGUUUGAUGCUGGUGCUAAGGAGCUUUGGUUGGAGAAGAAUAGUGGUUCUAUAUGCUUGUUGAUCUCUUCAAAGGCUUUUUCUAUCACAGGGAUAGAUGAUAGGAGAUACUGGAAUUACAUUCCUACCGAAGAAUCUCGAUUCCAGAAUGUUGCAUAUCUUCAGCAGAUUUGGUGGUUUGAGGUUGGUGGAGAGAUUGAGUUUUGUUUCCCAAAGGGGACUUACAGUGUCUUCUUCCGCGUGCAUCUUGGCCGGAUCUCCAAGUGGCUAGGACGCCGAUCAAUCAGCCCCGAACACAUCCAUGGAUGGAACAAAAAGCCUGUGAAGUUCCAGCUCACAACAUCCGAUGAUCAGCACGCAAUAUCCCAAUGCUAUAUAGAUAGUCCCGGGAACUGGGUACAUUACCAUGUUGGAGAUUUCACCGUUGGAAACUCUGAUGUGCCGACCAAGGUCAAGUUUUCAAUGAUACAGAUUGAUUGCACACAUACAAAAGGCGGUCUUUGUGUCGACUCUGUGCUAAUAUGUCCGAAAGGCUUUAGACAGGAAAAGUAUCCCCGGAUGUACAAAUAGUUUGCAGUUGUUGAAUCAACAAAACCAAUAGAAGAUUAUAUAGGAGUUCUUUUUUCAACUUUGCAUUCUCUCCCCCAGGCACCAGCCAUGGAGCAUGAGAGCACUCUGUGCAAUUCCUUUCCUUUGGAUUUUAGAUUAAGGAGGGGGGAGUGUUUGGUCUCUGUUUGUUUUUCUCCUCCUGUGUAAUAUAUAGUAUUGCCCUAAUUUUGAAGCUGUUUUCUAGGA